AUGAGCGCCUCAUAUUCAAAGCAGGCAGGCAAAAGAAGACAGGAAGCCAGUCCGGAAGACAAUGCUGAAGAAAGGAAACGACUUAAACCAACCAUCGACCUGACAUCACCAUUGUGUACGGGAUGUCAAAUGCUGGACAUCGACAACGUGUUCGAAGCGGCCCUCAAGUACUACAAACGCAGAGUGGACGAUCCAGACAAGAAGUCGAAGCUCUACGAAGCUUCCGAUGGAAGGCACUUCUACGCUGAUGCAGUUUCGGUGCAUCGGUUUGGUACGAGGCUGUCCAAGCCAUCAGAUUGUCCCUUGUGCGACUUCCUUCGAUCUGUCAGAGUCGAGCCAGAUGUACAUGAACGCUACAAACUACUUGCGUUCCGUAGCAGCGAUGCUUGGCUCUUCAAUGCAGAUCGGGUGAGAAACGCGUUUAAAGAACCCGACUUCCUCGAGGAACGCCACGAAACAGUGUUCAUGGCAGUCGUGCCAGAUAUAGAGUCGAUCCCAACAACCGGGCACGAUGCCACAUGGCUAGACUACGAGAUUCCGGCUGUGGGGGCCAUCUUUUACAAGUCGGCUGCUGAGCCUAGCGACUUUCUCAACCAGAACCUGCUGGGAGCAAGAGAGCUCAAGGGUUCAUUCGAUCUUGAGCGGUUACGGGGUUGGCUCGAUUACUGCCGCAGUGGACACGGUACCGCCUGCAGACAACGUGCAUCGGAAGAACCGGUAACCAGAGGCUUUCGUCUGAUCAACUGUACCAAGGAUCCUCCCGAGGUUGAAGACAAGCCGUGGGGAACUCCGUACGCUGCUUUAAGCUAUGUUUGGGGAUCCACGCCCGCCGAUCUGGAAGACUGGCCGACGACUGUCAUGGACGCAGUCGAGGUCACACGCAAGCUCGACUUUACCUAUCUGUGGGUGGAUCGGAGCUGUAUAAACCAGGCGGAUCCAGAAGAGAAAAGCUACCUAAUUUCGAGGAUGACCACAAUAUAUGAAGCUGCUGAGUUCACCAUCGUAGCAGCUGCAGGAAGUGGUGCUAGCCAUGGUCUUCCUGGGCCAAAGUACUACGCCAAUAGCGGAAGUCUGCUUCUUUCUAUGCUCCCUGAUCCGCGGCGAGAAAUACUCCAAUCGCAAUAUUGGACCCGCGGGUGGACAUACCAAGAAGGGGUCCUCUCUAAUCGCCGUAUCGUCUUCACGGAACACCAGUUCUACUGGGAAUGUCGAUGUAUGGCUUCGAAUGAAAGCGCGGAUGUGUCGCUGUUCCACCAACCCAUAAGCCAUGAGAACGAUCCCAAUACCAUUCUGGUAGACUUCAUGUUAAGCGGCAUAUUCAAAGGCGGCGCAUUCAGCGGAGGCAGUAGCGCGCACCAGGGAGACUUGGUCAUUGCUAAUGACGAGGAGUAUCGGCUGGACUAUGGCUUUCCUGUCGUUGAGGAGAUAACCGUUGGAGCGCAAUUGCGAGGGCUGUGCGAACAUAUGCGUGAGUUUACGAAACGACGCUUGACACAAGCUACAGAUACCCUGCCAGCCUGUAAGUAG